AUGAAGAAGAAGAAGAGAGACAAGUCGGUCGACUACACCAGCCCUUACAGCAGCCCCUACCACAGCCCCAGCGGCGGAGUCCGCCGCACCGCCAGUCUCCGCCGCCACGUCCGUCACAUCCGCCACCACGUCUUCCCGCUUGUCUCCGCCAUCUCCGGCUGCCUGCUUCUCAUUAUCGUCCUCUACUCUCUCCUCGGCCGCUCGCAGCCGCCUCUCCGCCACCACGAUCACCAGGUCCAAUUAAAUAACGACGAAACGCCGCCGUUUCGUGUUCCGGAGAGUGGAGGGAGCUCGGGUCCGCAUUUGUGGAGCACAACGAAAUCGGAGCACUUCUUUGGUUGUAGCAACGCCGGCGAUAAGUUUUUGACGGCCGAUGUGAAAACGCUUCCGAAUCGGUACUUGUUGAUUGCUGCUAGUGGAGGCUUGAAUCAACAGAGAACAGGGAUAACCGAUGCUGUUGUUGCAGCUUAUAUUUUAAAUGCUACUCUGGUUGUUCCGAAGCUGGACCAUACAUCAUUUUGGAAGGAUUCCAGCAACUUUGGUGAAAUAUUUGAUGAAGACUGGUUCAUAUCUUUUCUGUCAAAUGAUGUCAAGAUUAUUAAAGAGCUUCCAUCAAAGGGAGGGAAACCAAUGAGUGUGUAUACCAUGCGUGUCCCGAGGAAAUGUAAUGUGAAAUGCUACCUAAAUCGUGUAGUGCCUGUUCUUAAUAAAAAGCAUGCUGUUCAGCUCACAAAGUUUGAUUACAGGCUUUCAAAUAAGCUGGAAUCAGAUUUACAAAAGCUGAGAUGUAGGACUAAUUAUCACGCCUUGAAAUUUACUGACACAAUUAAUGAAAUGGGGAGGAAGUUGAUUGAGAGAAUGAAGAUGAAAAGCAAGAAUUUCAUUGCCCUGCACUUGAGGUUUGAGCCAGAUAUGCUGGCAUUUUCUGGUUGUUAUUUUGGUGGGGGAGAAAAAGAGAGGAAUGAACUUGGUGCAAUUCGGAAAAGGUGGAAAACUCUACAUGCGGCCGAUCCUGACAAGGUUCGAAAACGUGGUAGAUGCCCUCUAACCCCAGAAGAAGUUGGUCUUAUGCUUAGAGGAUUGGGUUUCGGAAGUGAUGUUCACUUAUAUGUAGCAUCAGGUGAAGUAUAUAGAGGGGAAGAGACGUUGGCACCACUGAAAGCACUUUUCCCAAACUUUCAUACAAAGGAAACUAUAGCAAGUAAGGAAGAGUUGAAACCAUUUUCUUCCUUCUCUUCUCGCAUGGCUGCACUAGAUUACAUUGUCUGUGAUGAAAGUGGUGUUUUCGUCACCAACAAUAAUGGCAAUAUGGCUAAAAUAUUAGCUGGUCGAAGGAGAUACUUUGGGCAUAAACCAACAAUCCGUCCAAGUGCUAAGAAACUGUACAAGUUGUUCGUUAACCAAUAUAACAUGACAUGGGAGGAAUUCGCCUCCAGGGUUCGAACUAGUCAAAUUGGAUCCAUGGGAGAGCCAAAUGAGAUAAGGGAAGGCAAGGGUGAGUUCCAUGAAAACCCAACAGCUUGCAUCUGUGGCACAUCUAAUACAAAGUCCAAAGUCGACGUCCCGAUGUCUCAAAUUGAACAUAAUGAUGGCAGUAGAAUCAGCAAGGAAGAUGACACAAGUAAGGAUAGUGGUUAUGACACAAAUAAGGAUAGCGGUUAUGCGACAGGGUACACGACAGAUGACGAGCAAUAUUGGUCUGAGAUGGAUUAUGUGGAAACUGGAAACAAGUCUCUGGAAAAUGGGACUAGUGCAAGACUUCAGGAUCUAAAAUCUCAUCUGCCAGAACUUCUAGAGCUCUUUUCAGACUGAAUGGUGGAGAGUGGAGAUUGGAUUGCACAUUUUUUGUGACUUAGCUUAUACGUCUAAAUGAAUUUUU